CAGAGAAACUGAGAAUAGAUUUGUUUAAAAACCAGAGGUAGACCUUUGAAUUAUCUUAUCUAUCUCUGCCCAAUCCGCUCUUGCCCAGCUGUUUCUGCCCAUGCCAUCAUCGUCAAUCUUUUAGGACUGCGAUAAAAAGGACUUGAAAUCUUCAGUCAGCACAUAUUAAGUCAUCCGCUGAGUCGCCAUGGCGCGUCACAUUCUUUCGCUGCUGGUGCUGUUGUCAGGUAAAUUCUACAGCUUUAUUCAACAUUCUUUUUUUAUUGAAAAAUAAAUAUAUUUGUAAUAAAAGAAAACAGUAUGAUUUAAUUCAGUAGCGGUUAUAAGAUUAAUAUUUUUUUUUUAAAUAAUUAUCAAUGAGGUCGAAUUCAUAUUUUGUUUCCCUGAAUCGUAUGCCCCCCAAUAUGUGUUAAACAAAAUAAAUGACAGAGUUUAAGUAUGGACAACGGCUACGGAGUUCAAGUCUCGGGGUGAGUUUUGUCCACACUUAUAGCUAAUUUUGUUUGUUUGUUGUUUUUUUUUAAAUUCUCAAGACUGGAGAUAAAAAUAAUGUUUGACUUUCAUACAUGGACUAGAAAUUUGGGAGAAAAGAAAAAAUAAAUUGGGGUGGAGGGGGGUGGUGUAAAUAGGUAAAUUCAAUAAAUAUAUUUCACUUCAAUUUAUUUUAUGUAUUUUUUUUCAUUUUAAUGCAAAUUUAAAGUUUAUGUGAAUGGAUGUUGAAUCCACUGUUCCCACUGGGGGGAGGGGGGGGGACCGAGCACUUGAUCCUGGUAUCUAAAGUACGGCUAACUACGGGGAACCUCUUUUUUCUAAAUGUCUAAUUAGUAAACGUGUUUUUUUCCCUUUAUAAAUGAAAAGUAAGUGUUUUUUAUUGGAGGAAAUAAAGUGUUGUUGGGUUAUAAAAGUCAAUGGUUAUAGCAAUUGACGUGUCUCUUCAGUCAGCAAGAGUCUGACUACUCCAUUACCGGAAGACACGACCGGAAUGCUUCAGGUACUGACAAGCCAGUACCCAGGGCAGACAACACCUCGACCGGGGACCGGCGAUCAAAAGCCUGUGACGGAAUCGGGACCCACGUCACCUCUGUUCAACCUGCUCGGAUCAACUCCGGUGGCCUGGAAAACCCCUGCUGCAACUGUUUCAGCUGGGCAGUUUGCUGUCGAAUCAACAAAUCCAUGGCUCUACUGGUCAACGCGUCCUCAGGAUAAUCCCUCCCCUCCAUACUACGAUAGCACUUUCCCCUACUGGCCUACAGGUGCCAAAAAUAGCCCAUCCGCUCCCUACUAUGGUAGCACGUAUCCAUACUGGCCUACAGGUGCCAAAAGUGACCCAUCCGCUCCCUACUAUGGUAGCACGUAUCCAUACUGGCCUACAGGUGCCAAAAGUGACACAUCCGCUCCCUACUAUGGUAGCACGUAUCCAUACUGGCCUACAGGUGCCAAAAGUAACCCAUCCACUCCCUACUAUGGUAGCACGUAUCCAUACUGGCCUACAGGUGCCCAAAAUAACCCAUCCGCUCCCUACUAUGGUAGCACGUAUCCAUACUGGCCUACAGGUGCCAAAAGUAACCCAUCCACUCCCUACUAUGGUAGCACGUAUCCAUACUGGCCUACAGGUGCCAAAAGUGACCCAUCCGCUCCCUACUAUGGUAGCACGUAUCCAUACUGGCCUACAGGUGCCAAAAGUGACCCAUCCGCUCCCUACUAUGGUAGCACGUAUCCAUACUGGCCUACAGGUGCCAAAAGUGACCCAUCCGCUCCCUACUAUGGUAGCACGUAUCCAUACUGGCCUACAGGUGCCAAAAGUGACCCAUCCGCUCCCUACUAUGGUAGCACGUAUCCAUACUGGCCUACAGGUGCCAAAAGUGACCCAUCCGCUCCCUACUAUGGUAGCACGUAUCCAUACUGGCCUACAGGUGCCAAAAGUAACCCAUCCACUCCCUACUAUGGUAGCACGUAUCCAUACUGGCCUACAGGUGCCAAAAGUGACCCAUCCGCUCCCUACUAUGGUAGCACGUAUCCAUACUGGUCUACAGGUGGCAAAAGUGACCCAUCCGCUCCCUACUAUGGUAGCACGUAUCCAUACUGGCCUACAGGUGCCACCAACAAUCCAUCUUAUCCAUAUCAGCCAACAGGUUCCGGCAAUGAGCAAACCACACACGCUUAUCCACAAACUACAUCCAAUCCCUAUUCUACGCCAUCUGGAGCAUGGAUACAACCAUCGACCGUCAGGGAUCCAUUCUACUAUUACACGACGUAUCCCUACUGGCUGACAGGCAUCCACAGUAGCCCCACUCCUGCAUCCUACGUCACCGGUUAUCCGAACUGGGAGACCAGUAGACAAUACAGUUCGCUGGGUGACACGAGCGAGUAUCCCCAAACACCGCUGUACGACACGGGGAAUCCACAAGUGACGACUCAGCCGGCGUUUGUACCCACAAGCGCGCCUGGAACUCUGGCCACCCUGUACGACACGUGGGAGACGACACAUCCUCAGUGUAAGUCUUACACCCUUAGAAACGGCCUACUAGCCUGUGAAUAUUUUACAGAACUAAUGAAAAAUAUUUUGAUAUGACAAUGGCGUGUUUUCCCAUGUUUACGUCACGCUACGUGGUCAAAGUUGGAGAAAAAAGAAUUCAUGGAUUGAUUGCUCCAACUUUGACCACUUAGCGUGACGCCACAAGAAAAACAAUUUUUAAAAAAAAUAGUUUGUUUUGUUUAGAACUUUGUUUUAACAAUUCGCCCCUUGAGAGGAAGAAUGUACUAAAAGACAAAACCGCCAGGACCGAGUUUUGUAAUUGUUCAAAGUUGCUUUGAUAAUUAAAUAUUAACUUCAAUACACCAUACUCGAAAUGACAGCUUUGCGAAGUCAGUAACAUAUUUUUUGUUUUUGUUUUUCGGGGGGGGGGGGGGGAGAGAGAGAGAGAGAGAGAGAGAGAGAGAGAGAGAGAGAGAGAGAGAGAGAGAGGGAAACAGUAUCUUGCCCAAUAGAUGAAUCUACGUAUAUGACAAAUGUGGGUUUGGCGCUCAGGACAAUCUUGCUCUCAUUAGACGAACUGCUUUACAAAUAUAGUAGUGACACGAUUAUAUUUUUGAACAGAACCCCCCCCACCCAACCCCCCCCCAACCCCCCCCACCCCCCACCCCGUCCCCGGGCCAAGAACAGGUUCUGUUCGGUAAUUUUGAACAUGAGAUGUUGUAUUUCCCUUCAGUUGCUGGUCUGCUGCAUCUGACCGUCUCGACACUGGCUGGCGACGGCGACAGCCCGACAAUCAACUGCACGCUGGACGCCCUCCCACGCAACACCGUCGGCAUUGUUUCACUGGUCAUUUCUAAAUACAGCGGUCAACCCGUCCCCAGGUGAACAGCGUUAAAAUAGAAAAUUUUGAUCUUUUUUGUGUUUGUUUAAAAUCACAAAUCCUGUGAAUGUCUGUGUCCUUAUCAAGUUUUUUGCAAGCCGGUUCUGUGGCCGCAAUGGUGAGCUUAUCUGUCUUACAAGAGCCUUGUGACCACCCCUGGUGACAUUUUCUGUCUUACAAGAGCCUUUUGACGCAAUGGUGACAUUUCUGUCUUACAAGAGCCUUGUGACCGCCAUGGUGACAUUUCUGUCUUACAAGAGCCUUGUGAUGUAAUGGUGACAUUUUCUGUCUUACAAGAGCCUUGUGACGCAAUGGUGACAUUUUCUGUCUUACAAGAGCCUUGUGACGCAAUGGUGACAUUUUCUGUCUUACAAGAGCCUUGUGACGCAAUGGUGACAUUUUCUGUCUUACAAGAGCCUUGUGACGCAAUUGUGACAUUUUCUGUCUUACAAGAGCCUUGUGACCGCCAUGGUGACAUUUUUUUUUGUCUGACAAGAGCCCCGUGACGCAUUGGUGACAUUGUAUGCCUGACAAGAGGCGUCACGUUUAAAUUCGCCCCUGGGGCGUCACUCACUGUGACGGAAUACCCGGAUUGAAAGAGUUCAUCCUAGAUGGGCAACUGUUCAAUAGUUCAAUACUUUUAUUAAAAAGAACAACUGAAGGUGGAAAACAGCAACUUAUAUGAUUUAGGUUAUAAAAGAAAUCCGCCUUCUACGGUCUCCAAAACAAACACACACACAAACUUAUUUCAAAUUGAGCCCAAACUCCCCGCCUCCCCCCUCCCCUCCCCCCACCCCUUUUUUUUCUCUUUGUGGAUUGAUUCAGUGCACCAUGUUUGAAGACUGUGGAUUUAUAUAAAACUGUAACAGGGUUUCCUGAAUUGAAAAAAUUACCACUGCUUCUCUUCAACCCACCGUAAUUUCUAAACUCACUUCAAAGAUGAGUCCCUCUUCAAAUUAAAUCUACACAAGCCCACAAUGAUUCAUCAAUGGUAGCCCUAUAUUUCGCUGUAAAUUAAAACACAACAACAACAUCUUUUUCAAUGUCGUCCUAUAUUGUAUUCAAAAAACCUAAUUCUUUCCACGUCAUCACUUCAGAUAUACAGAAGUAGCAUCCAUCAACAUUUUUCACCCUGACUCGCCAAAGCUGGGACGCGAUUUCCAGAGCGCUGCUGUCAAAGGUAAGACUUGAUCACAGAGGUGUUAGAGCCAGCCUGGUGAAGAUGGCAUCCACUUGCACCCACUACGCCCGUGUUAUGUAACAAUCUCCGUGGUCCGUUGACUCGUUGGAAAGUGUCCUUCCAAUAUUAGAGAAUACGUCGUAGACAAAAAAAAGGAGACUUAUACAAGUCCCACGACUCCAAUUUCUAAUGACGUCAUUUUGUGGUUUGCAUAAAAGGAAACAUUUAUUUGGCCCAUUGUCGUCAUCUUCUGACCUUCGUAAAUUUGAUUAUUUUAAAAAAAAAAUUGAUUACAAAAUCACGGAAACACCCGACAGAAGUCUCGGGCAUUUAUCAUUUAAUUUAUUACAGCAUGGCCACGUGCAGCUGCAGCAUCUAUUCAAUCCUUAGGCUUCUAAAAAAUUAUAUAUAUAAUUAUAUAUUGAAAUAUGUGUCUUGUCUUGUUGUUGUUGUUUUUUUGUUUGUUGUUGUUUUUUAAAUUCAAUUCCUUGUAUUGCAUGUAUUGUAUGGGUGGUGUUGGGGGUGCUAUUAGUCACUGUUAAAUAGACUGCUUGGCUCAUAGAUCUCUUCCAGUGCAAUUUCAUUAUACAUCAUCUAAAGCUUUUUUUUAUUUUUUCAAAGAUGACAUAACAUAAUCUUGAAGACUAACAGAGUUAUCGACAGAUAUUUCUGCAGUAUGUGUCUAAACCUAGACGAAAUCUUUUUAUUUUAUUUUUUUUUUUUCAAAAUAUUUUAUCCACUUCAUCAAGUGGAGAAAUUUUUAAGACUCAGGUCACAUUAUUAUUAUUAUUAUUAUUAUUAUUUUUUUUUUUGCAACUGCAACUCCGGUGACACUAGAGCAGGAAUAUGUUUUUUACCGGGACAUUUUAGCCCGUGACAGCUUCCUCUCAUUGUACAGGUGUUCUCAACAACGACAACGGCACCUUCUACCUCAGUGUGCAGUCCAGCCUUGCCGCUGUCGCCGACGCCCGGUGGUAUGUGUGCGUUGCUGGCGUGCUGGAUGAGUUUGGUGUAUCCCAGGAUAUCAAAACCUCAGCCACCAUUUGAUCCAGGCCACCAUAUGAUCCAGGCCACCAUAUGAUCCAGGCCACCAUACGAUCCUGAUAUAGACAGAGUUUCGUGUCUAUCCGGUGCUCUUUUAAUGCCACACAUAUAGGUUUGAGAGUAUUAUUAUAUGAAAAUGGGGGCAACAAUAAAAAUGUAUUGUACGAUUCAAA